AUGGGGAAAAAGGACCCAUCCACCAAAUCCUCAGUGGAGAGGUCGCAAUCGAGCGCUUCUAUUUCGUCGUUGAUUAAGAGUCCAUUUAGGAAACAGCAGCAUGAUGAUGGGAAACAGCACAAGCUACCGCAACCGCAACCGUCAGAGAUACCUGAACCAGAACAGGUUGACCAGUCUGAAAACGGACCCACCGAAGAGUCGGACUUGACGCUGGAGGAGUAUCGCAGCAAGCUGAAAGAACAGUCUUCUACUCUUCAUGAUGAACCUGAAACAGAACAGCAGGGAAUUCUUAAUAGAUUCGGGUUCUGGGGCAAGCAACAGGACUCCUGGACAACAUGGACAAAUCCUCUAUGGCGGUCGACUGAGCAACCCAAUGACCAGCCAGAUGAGUCUGCAAAUACAGAACAAGCACCAGCAAAAGGAUGGUUCGGCUGGUCCUGGAUGGGAGCUAAUAACCAGAACUCGCACGAACAACAGUCGGCCAAAUCCAUCGAGAACGAGCGCGCAGAGAUUGCUGCUGAGCAGUUGAGCAAUUUUGGGCCCAGUCUUGCUCGGACCACCUCGUGGGCGUUUUGGAACGGCUCGCAAAACUCCAAUGGAUUGCUCAGUAUAUUUGGAACUUCUUCAGGCAACUCUCCAGUGCGAUGUGAAACGGUACCAAAGACCCAAUACGAAACACAGGAAUCGUCCUUGUCCAAACUCACAACCUCAGAAACUCCAGUGGUACCGGAACUGACCUAUAAUUACCGUGAUUUGACCAAAAAGACACAGCUCAGACUAAUCGUGUCAAAGAUUUCUCCGUUCCCGUUGGUAAAGCCAGAAACCCAUUUGUACCACGAUUCCACCUACACUCAGGAACUGCCGGUGGUGGAGACCAAGAAAGCACUAGCUAUAUCUGUGCAUGGGUUCUUGCCGUUCAAGAUGGUCAAGUCUCUCGUUGGCCAGUCAACAGGGUCCGCAGACUACAUGGCAGAAGCUACCAAAAGCAGUCUUGUCGAAUGGGGCAAUGAACAUAACGUGAACCUCGAAAUCGAGACACUGGCGCUGGACGGGAGCGGCAGAAUCCUAGAAAGAGUCAACAAUUGUUUGGUGUUACUGCUGGACAACUGGCUGGACUCGAUCUUGAACUGCGACUAUCUGUUUGUCACGUCGCAUUCGCAAACUGUCCCCGUGGCAGUCCAUAUAAUUUCGCGGUUGAUCACGGCCGGCUACGCUGACAAGAUCCAGAAGAUCGGACUGAUCAAUUUAUCCGGGAUCUGUCUGGGUCCGCAUUCUGGUCUGGACUCGAAAUUAUCUGUCAGAGCAUACUCCAAUUUUGAGAGCGAUGUGCUAAUGGAGCUUUUCGAUUUCCAAGACGAUGAAACCGCACAGAGUAAAGAGCUUGUGCGCCAUAUGGAGAUUCUAUUGCGCAAGAACGUCAAGAUCACGUUUGUCGGGUCUCUGGACGACCAGUUUGUUCCGCUGUACUCGUCGCUUUGCACCCACAUCAACCACCCCAACAUUUACCGUUGCGCGUACCUGAAACCAGACACGCCUGAUUUCAUCCGCAAGCUCGUGGAGCUUGUUCUGCUCAUGCGCAAUCUGGGUUUUGAUGACCAUGAAUUACUGGUGGAAUUGAAUACAUAUCUGCAAGGCGCACCGGGAACGGGAAGUUAUGGCGACAUUCUGCAGAACAAAAACGUUUACCGGGCUGGAAUAGCUAACACUCUGGAAACGUCAAAUUUACUUGCACAACAGGAUUUGCAAGUCCGGCCGAUCAACGUUAAAAAGUUCCAUUUUAACCAGUACCAUCUGCCAUGGUGUCUUCGGGGCUUUCUCCAGGAAACUUUGAAAUUGCGCAAUUUCCCCACAAAAACGCUACUACAAGAUCUGGUGGACGCUUAUCAAGAAUGGGACCCACAACAAAAACAACUGAAAGACUUCAAAUACACUUUGGAGAUUCUGUCCAAGUCCCCAAUCGAAGAGCUAUGUAAUGAUUAA